AUCCGUGCAUUGCCCAGUUUUGUCCAGCCAUCUAAAUCCCUAGCCAGACCCUUCCCUCAAUUUCCUCUCCUUCUCUCAAAAACAAAACACCACUUUUCAAUUCACCCAUCCCUCUCUCAAAAUUUCCACCAUCAAACAAAACCAAAACAAAAUAAAAACCCUAACCUAAAUGCGACAAUCUUGUCGUGUCAUCUUCCAUUCUCUCAAUUGAACCCUAUUCUCAAUGGCUAGAGGUCUCUUCCACUUGUGCACACGCAAGAGAAUCCUCUCAAAGCUUCAAGCUCUUCUCUUCAUCAACCACUCCCAAUUCCACACUUUUCAGAACCCGGUUUCCCCAAUUUCGACCCGUUUCUCGAACCCGCUCCUUCGCCCCAGAUUCUCCCAAAGUUCGAAACUUCCCGGCGAAAGAUUCCGCCCCACCAGGCCGUUUUCCGCCGCUGGCAACGAGGGUGGCGCCACCGAGACGCCGGAAGGUGAGUUCAAAACUGAUUUUGAGCUUGGAGAUGAGGUUAUUAAUAGUGUUCAUGGUUUUUCUGAACAUGGGGUCGUUGCAAAUGAUGAGAGUAAUGACUGCAAUUUAGAGAUCGUUGAUUCUGCAGAAUGUAGUAGUAGUAGUAAUAAUGGUGGUGGUGGUGGUGGUGGUGGAAGUGAUACUAACAAUGAGUUAGGGAAGAAGAGUGAGGAAUUUAUGCAUGUGGCAUCACGUGACCCGGUCGAAUUGUACCGCGAAAUGUGUAGUGUGGAAAGGGGUCCAAGGCUGGAUAGUACAGAGGUGGAGGUGCUGCUGGAAGUGUGCCAUUGGUUUGCCAAAUCAGGUUGGGCAUCCAAUCAGGCCCUUGCCAUUUACAUUGGUUUGUCAUUUUUCCCCACUGCUGCACACAAGUUCCGCAACUUUCUCAAGAAGUGUCCUGCCGAUGUUGCCAAGUACUUGGUAUAUCUUGGGCCAAGCGAUGAGGCCGUGAGGUUUUUGUUUCCUAUAUUUGUUGAAUUUUGUUUGGAGAAUUUUCCUGACGAGAUCAAGAGGUUCAGGGGCAUGGUUGAGGCGGCUGACCUCACAAAGCCUCACACUUGGUUUCCAUUUGCGCGGGUGAUGAAAAGGAAGAUAAUUUAUCACUGUGGGCCGACGAAUAGUGGGAAGACUUAUAAUGCUUUGCAGAGGUUUAUGGAGGCAAAGACGGGGAUUUAUUGUAGUCCGCUUAGGUUGUUGGCGAUGGAAGUUUUUGACAAGGUUAAUGCGAAGGGGAUUUAUUGCAGUCUGCUAACCGGACAAGAAAAGAAGCGCGUGCCGUUUUCAAAUCAUGUUGCUUGCACUGUGGAAAUGGCAUCAACGCAGGAAUUGUAUGAAGUGGCUGUUAUUGAUGAGAUUCAGAUGAUGGCAGAUUCGAAUAGGGGGUAUGCAUGGACAAGGGCCCUCCUUGGGUUGACGGCUGAUGAGAUACAUUUGUGCGGUGAUCCUAGUGUUUUGGAUAUUGUCAGGAAGAUCUGUCAAGACAUGGGAGAUGAGUUGUGUGAGCAGCAUUAUGAGAGGUUCAAACCAUUGGUGGUUGAAGCAAAGACCCUGCUUGGAAAUCUUGAAAAUAUUCGAUCUGGGGAUUGUGUAGUUGCAUUUUCUAGGAGAGAGAUAUUUGAGGUUAAAUUAGCCAUUGAGAAACAGACUAAACACCGCUGUUGUGUGAUAUAUGGUGCUCUGCCACCCGAAACUCGCAGACAGCAGGCUAGUUUGUUCAACGAUCAAAGUAAUGAAUAUGAUGUUCUGGUAGCUAGUGAUGCAGUGGGAAUGGGCCUGAACCUUAACAUUAGAAGGGUGAUUUUUAAUAGCCUUACAAAGUACAAUGGUGACAAAAUGGUUCCUGUUCCAGCAUCACAGGUUAAACAAAUUGCAGGAAGAGCUGGUCGGAGAGGAUGCCUUUACCCUGAUGGACUCGCCACAACCUUGCAUUUAGAUGAUUUGGACUACUUGAUUGAGUGUUUGAAACAACCUUUUGAUGAUGUAAAAAAGGUAGGCCUUUUUCCAUCUUAUGAGCAGGUUGAAUUGUUUUCUGGGCAACUUCCAGAUUUGACAUUCACCCAGAUUUUAGAAAAAUUUGGUGAAAAUUGCCGUUUGGAUGGGUCAUACUUCUUGUGUCAACAUAAUCACAUCAAGAAGAUUGCUAAUAUGUUAGAGAAGGUCCAGGGAUUAUCUCUAGAAGAUCGUUUUAACUUCUGUUUUGCUCCUGUUAAUGUUAGAGAUCCAAAAGCUAUGUACCAUUUGCUUAGAUAUGCCACAUCAUUUGGUCAGAAGCUCCCUGUAAAUGUAGCUAUGGGGAUGCCGAGAAGUUCUGCUCGAAAUGAUGCAGAACUCCUGGACCUUGAGACUAGGCAUCAGGUAUUAUCCAUGUAUUUGUGGUUGUCAAACCACUUUGAUGAGGAGACGUUUCCAUAUGUGAAGAAAGUUGAGGCAAUGGCUUCAUGCAUUGCUGACUUACUGGGUCAAUCUCUUGUCAAAGCUAAUUGGAAACCUGAAUCAAGGAUUAAAGGGAGACCAAAAACCGAAAAAAGUGAAGGGCAACUAGAAACAAGGAGUGCAGUUGAAUUACAAACUGAAAAAACGGAAAUGGGCUAUUCAAGGACACGAUCUCUUUUAAAAUUAUAUGAGAAAAAACGGCAUGAAAAUUCUUUACUGCUUGAUCACUCAAAGAAAGUAGCUGGCUAGCUGCAUAAUAUGACGACUUUGGAGGUAAUUUAUCAAUGACCACACUGCAACAUAACAACUCAUACCAGGGCAUUUGAUAAAUUCAUAAGUUCUUAGCCAAAGCCGUGGUUAGACCUUGUUGGCACGGCACUGCACUGCACCAGACCCCAAAAGAAAGAGAGAAAUAAAGACCGUGUUAGGAAUGAAGGAUAGUGACAUCUAAUCUAUAGAGAGAGAAACCAACUAAGGGUCAUGUUUUGCAUCCUGUUUUGGUUCUGUUUUGUACUCAAAUCAAAUGUAGCAUAGAAAUUUUGUUUCUACGCUGACACAUCUUAGUACAUGGUUGAAUGUUUUAGGCUCCAUCAUUCAUAUUACACGCUUUGGUUGUGGAUUUGAAGAUGUUAAACGGGGCAUGGCUAGGACCUAGGAUAUAAUUUGAUUUUAGUUUGAGUAUCCUCUUUUUGUGCCAAAUGCACAUGACUUGAACAAGCCUUUGUUAAGGAAUAGUUAUUUCUGUUGCACUGACUUUUGAGCAUUUUUAUAGA